AUGUGGUGCACACAGGGGCUCAAAACGAAAUGUCCAGCGGGCACGUUUGGCUCGACUGAAGGUCUCACGACGACCGCAUGCUCUGGCUUGUGCCCGACUGGUUACUACUGCCCUCUAGGUUCAACGGACUACAGCCACUUUCCAUGCCUUGACCCGUCAACGUAUUGCCCGUCGGGGUCGUCGGCCCCCGUCGGGGUCAGUGCAGCAAAUUUGCCCCACGGGAUCCUACUGCGUGAAGGGUGUAGCCCAUCUGUGCCCGCUUGGAACAUUCGGUUCGACAACGGGCCUCAGCUCGCCCUUGUGUUCCGGGCGCUGUGCCCUCGGCUCGAUAUGUCCGCUGGGAUCAACUUCCAGCCAACAGCAGCCGUGUCUUGCAGCACGAUGAACGGAAACUACGUAGGAUCGUAUUCGACUAACGGCCAGUUGUGCGCCUCUUGCCGCCCUGGCUUUUGGUGUGGCGUCGGAUCAAGCUCUUCUACUCAAAACAAAUGCGGCGGUGUCAGCUCGUAUUGUCCGCUAGGGUCGUCUGGCCCGUCGACUGUCCAAGUCGGAUUCUACAGCACCAACGCCAACUCCAACACGAACGCUGACUUUACCACGCAAAUCCAAUGCCCUGUGGCCUCCACAGCAUUGAUCCCGCAGUGCCCGUCCACCACCAUAGGACCCAACAGCUUGUUGUAA